GAAACCUGACAUGACCGCACCAGCAGGUUCGACCGCCACUCGCCGGUGUGUUGUGAGUUGAGUGCUGUGUGCUGGAAUUAACAGCCUCCCCGACACCGACAUGGAUAACUGGGGAAAAUCAACAAAAAUCACCUACAAGAGGUGGAAAGAUCCUGAACCCGGCGAUGAUGUGAAUGAUCACAGCAACGAGGGCCGGGACACAGGCGAGAUCUGCACAAUAACCUCCAGCGUGGACUCAGCGAGCACAUAUGGAUCCACUCAAAGUGAAGAAACCUUCACAGUGGACGAGGCCCUGGAGGCCAUUGGUUUCGGGUGGUUCCAGUGGAAGAUCUCGCUCCUCACUGGCCUGUCCUGGAUAGGCGACGCCAUGGAGAUGAUGAUCCUCAGCAUCCUGGGCCCCCAGCUGCACUGCGAGUGGAUGCUGCCUGGCUACAAAGUGGCCCUCAUCACAUCGGUGGUGUUCAUUGGGAUGGGGAUCAGCUCACCUGUGUGGGGCAAUGUGUCCGACAAAUUUGGCAGAAAAGUGGGCCUGACACUCUGCAUGUGCUGGACUCUGUACUACGGCAUUUUGAGCUCCUUCGCGCCGGUGUACGUCUGGCUCCUGGUGCUGCGGGGCCUCGUGGGCUUCGGCAUCGGGGGAGCGCCUCAGUCGGUGACACUGUACUCAGAGUUCCUCCCUUUGAAGACGAGAGGCAUCUGCAUCAUGAUGAUUGCGGCAUUCUGGGCCAUCGGCGCUGUGUUCGAGGUCCUAAUGGCCCUGUGGGUAAUGCCCACGCUGGGCUGGAGGUGGCUGCUCGGCCUGUCCACUAUACCGAUGGCAAUCUUUGUGUCCUUCUGCUUCUGGCUGCCUGAGAGUCCCCGCUAUGACAUGCUGACGGGGAGGAGCGAUAAAGCCAUCGCGACGCUGGAGCGCAUCGCCAAAGACAAUGGGAAGCCCAUGCCUCAGGGAAGGAUAAUCGCUUACAGACAAAAAGAACGUGGACGGAUCAAAGACCUCUUCACGGCCCAAUACUGCAGUACCACCCUUCUCCUGUGGUUCAUAUGGUUUUCCAAUGCAUUCUGCUAUUAUGGCAUCGUUCUGCUGACGACUGAGAUGUUCCAAGCUGGAGAUGAUUGUGGGACAACUCAACAGGCCAAGACGGAACCGAGCUGCAAGCUGGAAUGCAAAUAUUUGACAUCAGCUGACUACAAAGACCUUUUAUGGACCACUCUGGCUGAAUUCCCAGGCCUUUUAGUCAUCCUUCUGGCUGUGGAGUACGUUGGCAGGAAGAAGAGCAUGGCCCUGUGUUUCUUCAUGUUUUCCUUGUUCGUUCUGCCUCUAUUCGCUUGCAUCGGGAGGACAGCGCUGACUAUCUUCAUCUUCCUCGCCAGAGCCUUUAUUUCCGGAGGAUACCAAGUGGUUUUUGUGUACACGCCAGAGGUGUUUCCUACAGAAAACAGAGCCUUAGCCAUGGGCACGUGCAGUGCAAUGGCAAAGGUGGGCGCCCUCAUCACGCCGUUCGUGGCACAGGUGCUGCUCAGGACCUCGGUGUAUCUGACCCUGGCCGUGUACUGUGCCUGUAGUGUGGUGGCCGGCGCAGCUUCCAUGCUCUUACCCAUUGAGACGUUGGGAAGGGGUCUGCGCGAGACCGGACCGGACCCAGACACCGAAGGACGGACGAGCGCCACAAACCGCCAGUCAAAUGGUCCAACAGCUGAGCAGUAGGAGAACAACCAGGAGGGGAGGUGGAACAGGUGACCGGUGAACCAGGACCCGAAGCAUCUGCCUCAUUAAAAACAGGCCUUCAGCCGUGAUGGGAGCAGCCUCGGUGCUUGGACUAGUUCGUUUACACUUUCUUCCACUCAGGUCACGAGAACAGUUCAACAGCAAGAGACGAACACUUUAGAAAAAUGUGUCCCGUCCUCAAGAGACUGUUAAUAUCAAUUUCAUAAAUGUUGUAUUUAUUUAUAGGAAGUCAAGCAAUGUGUGUGUGUGUGAGAGAGAGUCUGCUUUUUUAUAUUGUGUUUAAUUUGUGCAAUAACAAAUGUCGGUUCUGACAUGUGACAUGUGAGCAUGGAUUUGGAAUAAGAACAAUAAUAAGAAUAUUUGACUGAAAAUAUUGGGAAGUUAACUGUACAAAAUCAUUGAUUUAAGAAAAUAAUUAUUCUUUGUCUCAAAUAUUGAAAUUGAACAUGUAUUUGAAAAUUUCAGUGACAAUUGCUAUAAAUUCAUUGUUUGAGCAA